AUGCCCGUGGUGUGCGGCCGCCGUCGCGCUCCCGUUGAAGAACUCGAUGACGAUGGAGUCGAUAAUAAUGACUCUUCCGACGCCUCUUUCUCUUCCACCUCCCAAUACCGCAGUCGAGCAAAACGACAACGGCGCCAACCCUCUGAUUUCGACUCAGCUGCUUCAGAAGAUGACGGGUCCGCCCCCGAACUCUCUACCCAUGCCAACAGAGCCAUAGAUAUCAUGGUCAAGAAGCUCGUGCGACUUGCGCUGGCAAGCGAGUAUUCCCGACAGGUGAUCCGGCGGACUGAUAUCAGAGAUAAAGUGCUCGGUGAGCAAGGGGCCCGACAGUUUAGAAACGUCUUUGAAGGUGCGCAGAAGGAGUUGAGGGAGAAAUUUGGCAUGCAGAUGGUUGAGCAGCCCUUGAGGGAGAAGGUGACAAUUAGUCAGAGGAGAGCUGCCCAACGCACCGAACGACUUUCCACAACCUCAAAAACCUGGACCGUCAUAACCACUCUCCCACCCGCCUUCCGCACUCCGACAAUUCUCCCCCCAGCCAAGGCCCCUUCCUCCAUCACCGAAAGCACCUACACCGCCAUCUACACCUUCAUUAUAUCCACCAUCUUGCUCUCUGGCGGCUCAAUACGAGAGCAGAAACUGGAUCGCCUCCUGCGUCGCGUUAAUGCGGAUAAUUUCACCCCCAUUGAAAGGACGGAUAGACUGCUAGCACGCCUGUGCAAGGAGGGCUAUAUUGUACGAAAUCGCGAGAUGGAUGGUGUGGAGGAGGUUGUGGAGUAUCUUGUUGGGCCUAGAGGCAAGGUCGAGGUGGGCGUUGCUGGCGUGUCGGGGCUGAUAAGGGAGGUUUAUGGGUUUGGUAAUAGAAGUGGAAAUGGGGAUGGGGAUGGGAAUGAGUGUGCGGCUAAGACGCAGGGGGAGGUAGAGGCUUUUGAGAGGAGGUUGAAGAGAAGUUUGGGGAUUGGGGAGCCGGUGCGUUCUGAGAGGAGGGAGGAGGAUGGUGAUGAUGGUGGUGAUGGUGAUGACGAUGAUGACGACGGUGAUGAGCGGUGA